AUGCGUGCCAUAGGGCUCGUUUUCUCGCUCGCAGAAUCUCGUCUGGGCCAGACAUUACGCAUCAACACGCCUCGUCUGGUUACCGCUGCGUUUACAAACAUCCAUUGCCUUGUCAAGGCAGGUUAUAACCUGCGUUCGCUCUCGAUCACAAAUGACAGCGCCACCUGGAGCUCGUCAGACGAGAUCGUUGAAAUGUUGCGCGAACAUCCUCGAUUAGAAGUUCUGCGACUUUCUUUCGAUGCAGUACCUUUUUUGCAACAGAGUCGUUCGCACCCGGCCGAGGCAGACCUCCGUCACCUCAAACUGCUCUGUGUGGCCUGCACCACGCUAGAUAAUGGCCAGAGAUCGGGGAAUAUAGCCGAGCUUCUUGGAGCCUUAUCCAUUCCUUCAUCAUGUAUCUUUCAUCAUUUGGACUUCUCCCAGCGCGGAGAUGAUAUGCAUUGGCGAACAUCGUUCGAUAUCUUCGCAGCUCGCGUGCGCGAAGUGAAUUACGAUGCCCUCACUGUGAGCGCCAGCUCCGGAUCGCUCCUCGGUCCUCCCUUCGUUGCCAACGUCUUCUCCACCGAUGACCACGCAUGGCCGUCCCCUCGCGAUCACCCAGACAAAUGGCGCAGCAAAUGCUGCACCGACGACGCUCUUGCUGAUAGGAACGUGGUGCCGGGAGUGCAUUUGGCGGUGUCGAGCAUAUGUAACUGGAAAACCGAAGAUCUACUAUCAGAUUUCAUCCCACGUUUGCAAUGUGAAGAGAUUACGCAUCUCACCCUCCGUGGCCUCGACGACAUUCGCAGGAUAGACCAUCCUGAUCUUCGUACCGCACUGCGGCCCUUAGCCGCCGUUCAGUCUCUCUACAUGCCCACGCGCUUCCAUCCCACUUCGCUAUGGCCAGAUUGUUUCGCACCGAUAGAACCAGGGAUCAAGCUGCCUCGCCCUACAGCAUCUAAUGCGGUUCCCCCUCUUCCCGCCCUCCGUCACGUCAUUGUACACCAAGAGAACAUUUACACGGGCUGUCCCGAGCAGGAUAUAGGGCUGUGGUGGUCGGACCUUUGCGACUGGCUCAAGGUUCGCAACGAGCGACUCGAAUUGCUCGAACUGAGGGGCGAUUGGAAGAAGAUGGGUCCUGCGCUGAGGGUCCUGGACGAGAGGCAGCUAUCCAUUGCGAAAGGACUCGUCGGAGAGCUGAAGGAUGAGCGCAUUCUGCCAUCGCGCAUGUGA